AGGCACCCCACCCUUGCGCGCGGUGAGAAGGAGCAGCUCUCCGAUACUUGUGGUAAACACCACGCUUCUGCAACGUCGUGUAAUUACAAUUUCUUGUUCGGAUCGGCGAAUUGAAAUAGACACAAGCUACAUCUACAUCAACCAUGGCCUCUCAAAAGCUGCGUUCAGCGCCGUUGCAGGAUGUGGACCCGAAGCAGAUUACCAUGUGUAAAAACGCACAUACCCCAUAGUCAAAUCGAGAAGUUUAGAUCUUAUCUGUCAGAAGGCGGCUGCGCAUGGGAAGUUUGGAUCUGUACUGUAGUCUUCGCGGCUUUACUUAGCGACAGCGAGGGCAGGUGCAGUCGCAGCACAAAUUUCCUUGCUCAUCCGGGUUUCCGGGGAGAUGAUGCAUCAUGUUGGGGUUGCGCAUGAGAUACAUUUUUCGCCUGUGAGACUUGCAUGACAAAAACUUCUCGAGGUUGGGUACGUUCUAUUUACACAUGAUACAGAUGGUGGAGUGGGUCCAGGACAACCAGCACGCCAUCGAGGAAAACGUAUGAGAGUGCAGAACUCCCCACCUUGCUUUCCAUUUGUCAUGCAAAGUGCAAAUCCAGUCUUCGCCUUCUGGCACAGUGUGCAUGAGAAAAUCCAGAACCGGCCCAAUUAGUAUUAGACUCGGGGCGAAGCUGCAACCUUGUCAUGUACAGGCUUCGUGUUUCGGGGUGUUUGUUUCUACUGCUCCUGGCCAUGAUGCCCGCAGACGUGUGGGGGAGUUGUGAACGGUCAUAAAACCUGGUUGCUUUUGAGAAGCUGGACAACAUACUGGACAGGGUAAGUUCUCAUUGAGAAUUUUUCAGAUCAAGACAACAUGAAUAUGCAAGAAUGUCGUGUCUAGCAGUACGCACCUUAUAUCACGAUUUAUUUAUGUAGGUGGCGUACAUUCGGCAGCAGAGGCAGGAGCAUUUCGAAAUGAUGGUGAACGCUUUUUUACGGGUGCACAAGAAUGGCCAAAAAGAGAUGCAGGGGUACCUCAGCCUGCUGCACGAGACCCAUUCGAUGUCCGUAGAUCCAGCGGCGAGCCGAAAGCUCUUCUGGAAGCAGACCAAGGUCGCCACUGAGGCAAAGGUACUUUCAAUUACUUACUACUAGUAGCAUUGCUGUUGCAUAAAGAUUGAUAGAGUACGUGUCUGAUGUUGCAUGGUCCUCACCAGCAAGCGAGGUUGCUCGUUCUGCUGGUGCACUAGCAUCGACUACAUUUAUUUUUGCAACAAUCAAUCACAGAACGACCCCGGCGGCCAGCCCGAGUUUUUUGUGGAGGCUUUGCGGGACUACGCCUUGCGCGACGACUUCAUGACGCACAUCUACGUGCGGACCGCGCAGAGAGUAUCACAAGGAAAAAUCCCCCCUCCCCAUAUCAAAAGGAAGUUUCUGAUGCUGGCUUUGCGUAUACAAAUCAGGUUUGUCUUGCAAUAGAGGACUGCAGGCUCCUGCCAAGCCUGAGUAGAGAGCUUUUGGCCUAGCCGCUUAGCUUGAGCGACGACUAUGCUGUAGGCCCAACGGCAUCACAAACCGCCUGCAUAAUGUGGCAGGGCCCGUGGAGUUGUCUUCUUGCAAGACAGACGUGAUUUGUGGUCUCAAAUCAGCAAGACAAAUCUUCAGAAGCAUACCGCUUCGAUAUCGGGAGGGGGGACUUUUCCUCUCAAUAGAGAGAGAAGAUGGCCGAGAACGUGGCGAAGAUACUAGAAGAGCAGCUGAAAAUAUUGCAAGAAAAAAGUGUUACAGUUACACAUUGUGUUGCAGGCCAAGCAAGACAGACAAGCUCUGUCAUGCCGGAUAUGCAUAGGAGCGGCGUUUCAUACGUGUUUUCCCGUAGGAUUUCUGCAUUACAAGUUUUCUCACUCAUGCAGAGAAAUUUGCGUUGCUGAAUUCACUACAAACGUGUAACUGUAACACUUUUUUCGUGGGAUAGAAAAAAGUCGCAUUAGAGUAUACGGUUUAAUAGAUACUUCUGUUGCCUGUUCAAUGACAUCAUGUGCGUUGAGAAAUAACUACGUGUUCUUCUGUAAAGCGCUGUAGCCCACGAUGAAGAAAUAGCAAAAGCAAAACACAUGACGACCGUAUUGUGAGGAAAAACGUCCCCACCCCAGAGUCAAGAUGGGGAUUUUGCAACACAAACCUUGAAGUUUUGGGACUCACGCAUCACAAGUUGCAAUUCGUAGUGCAGUGCAGGUGACGAGCAAGGACAAACACAUCACAAAGCCAUCUGCUUGUCCUGGUAACAGCAUUACAAAUCCCAAAACACGACUAGAAACGCCUCUCAUGGAGAUGCGCAUUACAGAUGUUCCUGUCAUUGCAAAUCUGCAUCACAACUCUGGUGUGGGGAGGUUUUUACAAAUGAUAACCGCUUUCCAAGGUCGGACCGUAAGGUCGAAGAGCUUCGGCAAGCUUCGAUGACGUAUCAAAUGCAAAUAUCAAUGGGUCUGGAAACCUGUGAUGCUGAAGUGCGCAUGAUUGCAACGCUUGCAUUGGCAGCCAAGCAUGGCAACCGUUGCUUGGGGACUCUUUCUGAUACCUCACAGGCAUCACUGCAUGACACCGAAGGCUUCCCACUUGCUGUUCAUGCAACACAGAUUUUCUAGGAAUGCAAGCCACGCAUUACAAGUUCCACCUUUCCAGACCCAGACAUGUUUGCAUUUGAUAUGACAGCAUUGGAGGCAAUCAACCAGGAGAUGCUCCUCAAGCAGGACUAUGCACUGCAAAAGUACCGUACUAGUAUAAAUCGCAUGACAAAUAAUUUCCUCAGCAUGAGAAAUGAAAUUUGUAAUGCGGAUUGCACUUGGCAGAACAAUUUGUAAUGCAUAAAUGCGAGGAUUAGUACGAGCGCGAUACUUUUGGAAUGCAUAAGGACGAACACAGUCUUAUGCUGGUCGAGAAGGACAAGCUUGAGGAGCAGCGAAAAGCCAUGGAGCAAUCUGUCGCGGAGAUACAGGACCAGAUACAACCGCUAUGGGAACAAGAAAAAAAUGUGAUACAGUUACACCUGGUCGUGAUGUUCUUGCACCAGUAGCAGCAGACCAAGCAAGACAGACGAGGCCUGUAGUCAUGCCGGAUAUAAUGCUGAGGAGCUUCGUUUCAUACGUGUUUACUUUCCUUACCAUGAUCAUCGCCGCAUUACCAGUUUCUUGUGUUUUCAUGCAGAACAAGUUUGUGUUGCUGUGCUGACUGCAUAAAACAUAAUGCGUAAAAAUUGUAACACUUUUUUCCGAGGAUAAGCGCUGCAGGAGAAGUACUACCUCGAGCAGGGGAGAAGGAUGCAACUAGAGGAUUCCUUGAAGCAGAUGCAGUCGCGGUAUGAAGAACUAGAGAUGGACUUGGCGGCAAAGAAGGUAUAAUAAACCACUUUUUCUUCCUGUUGCGCGUGUUUUAUUUCCUCUGUCUCGUCCUAUUCUAGCGUUUUUUUUUGUCAUGCGGGUCGUGAUCGAAGAGCAUACGGCGUGGCCUGUCUACUCCACGCAUCAUAUUGAGAAAAACAUGUUUGGAUUUGCCAGAUGACGCUCCGAUCCGACGCAGAAGAGUAUGGCGAAAAGAUCAAGCAUAUGAACUGCAAAAAUGUCUAGGUCUGGAAGAUUGCCAGGUUUGUCAUGCAUAUUUUGAAUGACCCAUGAUGUCUGUGAUGCAUGCUCUAGCAUCGCAGAUCUAUCGAGGGCUUUGCGAUGCCUCUACCGCAUGAGAAAUGUCCUAUCCGCGAAGCACAAACUGGAGUCCUCUUGCUGGUCAUGCAAUACAAUUUUUUUUAGAAUCCAAACACAGCAUCACAAGUUUAGAAUCUUCCAGACCCAGACAUUUUUGCAUUUGAUAAAGCAUUUAAAAGAGGAGCUGGCAGAUUUGGAGAAGGAGAACAAAAGGCUAGAGGACAAGUGCCACCAUAUGAUCCUGAGUACUAAACACGUCCCCACGAGCUCAUGCUCCGCUUGGGAAAUCUGCAAGACACACCAACAAGCUUUGGCUGUUGCGCAUGACAAGUGGAUUGGGUUCAUCGCAAUGUACUAAAAAUCGCGUCUAGCUAGUGCAGCAGCAUCACAAAUCUAGCGUCUCAUGCCGAUUUGUCGAGCGUCAGAAAUUCCAGAACUACAUCACAUAGGAAUAAAUGUGUCUCAUGGCACCCUCCGCAUGAGUAAAGACAUCUGAAGCUGCAUGCACAUCUGCAUCACAAGAACUCCGGGGUCGUGGGGACGUUUUUACUAAGGAUAUACCAGCUGGAGAAGGAGCUCAACGACACCGAAGGAAGUUUAGUGGACGAGCAAGACCGGGGGAGCGCUAUGCAGGGCCAGAUCGACAGUUAAAAGAUUUCCAUUCUUUUGUAGACGAGUUGUUUCUGAUAGAUGAGCAUACUGUAAAUUCUGUCGAUUUGUUAAUAUUGACAACAUGCAUGAUGGUAGGAGUAAGUAGGCUACUUACUAGAUUCUACAGCUUUUCUGUGUUGUACUGAAUUCGAACGUCGAGUUUUGAUAUUCGAGCUGUACUUCUUGUCAUGUUGGCAAGUAGAAUUCCAAUUCCUAGAAGAUGAAGAACUACAAACGGCUGAGCAAAAAUGAUCAUCGCCAUUUUAGUACCCAUGUACCAACCAAAUUUUUCCCACCGAAACUCCACCAAACUGGCAGGAGAUUGAUUCCAAAUAUUGCGUAAAAACGCGACCACAAUGUACGAUAACGUAGGACAGCUCGCAAGGACUGUAGUGCGCGUAAACCCCCCCCCCCGCGGCGGAAAAAUGCUUGGCGAAAAAUGAACCCAAUCUUGUAUCAAAAACGAAUGGAACUACAUGACACUGUAGAUGAAAUUUUGAAAAAAAGACAAAUCGUUCGGAAGAUGAGAAAGUACGACCGACACGCUUUUCGUCCUCGUACAAAGGAUUUUCGCAAUUAUCAGCUCGUACGUGCAAAUGAAAAAAGCUGUUCCAC